GGGCGGUCUGAGCCAUCGUCGCUCGCUGAUGACGUACAGAGGGCGCGACGGCAGGUGGCGGCCGGAGCGGGAGGAGCGCGAGGAGGAUGAGGGAGACGCCGCUGUCCAACUGUGAGAAGCUCUUCAUCCUCCAGGCGGUGGCCGACAGGAAGCGACUCGAUGGAAGACAGACGUACGACUACAGGAACAUUAAGAUAACAUUUGGAACUGAAUAUGGCUGUUGCAUUGUGGAAUUGGGUAAAACAAGGGUCCUUUCACAGGUGUCGUGUGAACUGGUGACCCCUAAGUUGAAUCGGCCCACUGAAGGCAUCAUAUUCUUCAACCUGGAGCUCUCUCCAAUGGCUUCUCCUGCAUUUGAACCCGGCAGGCAAUCCGAGUUGUUAGUUAAAUUGAACCGAUUGUUGGAACGAUGUCUAAGGAACUCCAAGUGCAUCGAUACAGAAUCCCUGUGCGUUGUUGCAGGUGAAAAGGUGUGGCAGAUUCGGGUAGACUUGCAUUUGCUAAACCACGAUGGCAACAUUAUUGAUGCAGCAAGUAUAGCAGCCAUAGUUUCAUUGUCUCACUUCAGAAGACCUGACGUCUCUAUCCAAGGAGAAGAAGUCACUGUGUAUACCCCUGAGGAGCGUGAUCCAAUCCCACUAAGCAUCCAUCACAUGCCUAUUGCUGUCAGCUUUGCCUUCUUCCAGCAAGGCACUUAUCUGUUGGUGGAUCCAAUUGAACACGAGGAACGGGUUAUGGAUGGACUUUUGGUGAUUGCUAUGAACAAACACCGUGAGCUUUGCACCAUUCAGUCCAGUGGUGGAAUUAUGCUUCUAAAAGAUCAGGUCCUCCGCUGCACAAAGAUAGCUGGUGUAAAGGUAGCAGAGAUCACAGAACUAAUACAAAAAGCUCUUGAAAAUGACAAAAAAGUCAGGAAGGAAGGUGGGAAGUUUGGCUUUGCAGAAUCCAUACCAAACCAGCGUAUCACAGCCUUCAAGAUCGAAGAAGCCCCAGUGGAUAUAGAUGGCAUUGAAGAACAAGCAGAAGAAAUCCUGACCAACGCAGAGCCACCCCCUACUGUCGAUGCGAAACCCGUGCUGUGUGCCCCUGGUACAGGUCAGAUCGGGGAAGGGAUCCGCAAUGAAUGGAUGAUGGAUGACCUUGAGGAGGAGGAGGAGGAGGACGAUGAGGAAGAUAUCAUUGUUGAGCCAGGGGACCAGAAAAUGAGCAUUGACCAGGGAAAAGAUGAUGAGGUCAUUGUUCUGUCUGAGAGUGAAGAGGAGGAUGUGGUGGUUCUAGCCCCAGAGAGAAAGCAAAAGGAAGUGAGUGCCAGUCAACAGAAAAGAAAAUCUGUACGGUUGCUAUCACAGAGUAAGAAAAAAGCAAACACCAAAGAACCACAGCAGGUAGCGAGCAAAGCUUUAACCAAAACCCGGCAGAAAAAGAAGAAAGGAUCUCGGCUGUAACAUCUCAAGUCUCAGAACCGUUAAAUAUUGUGGAUUAUGACAAAAGAGUGACGAUGAAAGUAAUGCUAUGCCUUUACUGUUAUUGAAUAAGGGGAGGGAGAUGUGUGAGAAAAUGCAAUAUUGUACACUGUAAAUGUGGGCUGAUCUUUUGAUAAGUUAUCUAUUUUCUAUGCACUAAAUUAGUUAAUUCUAUGAAAGUGAGCAUGAACAGAACUUGUAAUAUUUUGUGCCAAAAUACUGUUUUCCAACUAAACAUUGAAGUAAACUGUUUUAGUCCCUUUUGGAUUAAAUAUUUGAAUAGUUCAGAAAGUAAUGCAAAAAUAUAUUUUCUUGGUACAUGUUCAAUACAUCUCAGAACCUGCAGUUGAUGGGUGGGCUAUCCUUAGGUUGAAUGAGAUUGAUGAUUUGUACUCAAUUACAACAUUGAGACCUCCUGGCUAAUAAUGUGCAGCUGCCUGUUUUACUUCUCUCCACAAGUCUCUGAAUUGUUUCUACAAGUUUAAAUGUUCCCUUUACCAAAGCUACCCUGAGUAAAUUCUGUACUGCAAUAA